AUGGCGUGGUUUUCCUCGUAUAAUGGAGGAGGGAUGAACGGCACCAGCACGAUGAUGGAUUUCCUGGAGGAGCCCCUUCCUGGCGUGGGCACCUACGAAGACUUUAACACCAUCGACUGGGUGCGAGAGAAGUCCAGGGACCGGGACAGGCACAGAGAGAUCACGAGUCGAAGUAAGGAGUCCACCUGGGCCCUGCUGCACAGCGUGAGCGACGCCUUUUCUGGCUGGCUGCUGAUGCUUCUCAUCGGGUUGUUGGCAGGUUCCUUGGCGGGUCUGAUAGACAUUUCUGCCCACUGGAUGACAGAUCUGAAAGAAGGAGUGUGCUUGGCAGGCUUCUGGUUUAACCACGAGCACUGCUGCUGGAAAUCCGACACAACCUUUACGGACAGAGACAAGUGUCCCGAGUGGAAGAGCUGGUCCCAGCUGAUCCUCGGCCGCGCAGAGGGGGCCUUCGCCUACGUUCUCAACUACUUCAUGUACGUUGUCUGGGCCCUGUUGUUCUCCCUUCUUGCUGUGUUACUUGUGAAGGGGUUUGCUCCUUACGCCUGCGGCUCAGGGAUCCCAGAGAUCAAAACUAUCUUAAGUGGUUUCAUCAUUAGAGGCUACCUGGGCAAGUGGACGCUGAUCAUCAAAACCAUCACCUUAGUGCUGGCCGUCUCCUCUGGGCUGAGCCUGGGCAAAGAGGGGCCCCUGGUGCACGUCGCCUGCUGCUGCGGGAACAUCUUGUGUCACCUCUUCACCAAGUACCGGAAGAACGAGGCCAAGCGCAGGGAG